AUGUUUUCCGCACCAGCCGCCGCUAUCCCAACCGAGAAGGUCCAACUCGCUAGAGUCACCGAAGUCAUCUGCCGUACCGGUUCCCGUGGUGCCGUCACCCAGGUCCGUGUUGAUUUCCUCGACACUGAUAAGCCAAGAAGCCUUCUCAGAAACGUCAAGGGACCAGUCAGAGUCAACGACAUUCUUUGUUUGCUCGAAACCGAGCGUGAGGCUAGAAGACUUCGUUAA